UCGCUUGAAAGAACCAAGCCUGUAGCAAAGAUAACAUACGCGGGAAGAGCCAAAAGAAGAAGAGAAUCUCUCAGUCUCCCCGAAGCCAAUUCACCUUCACCGAGCGAGUCAAGCACGAUGAGCGGGAACAAGGAUGCGGAAACGAUGCCCCCACCCCCUAGUCCUCCGAAAAGGGGUCCGGGUCGGCCACCCAAGGUCAAGCCUGACGCUUCACGCGACUCCGUUGAGACGCCGCCGAAGAAACCUGUCAGCAAGUCUGUCAACAAGCGCACUUCUAUCUCUUCCCUCAACGACCUCAACGGUGCCAGUAACAGUCCCAAACCCCCUUCCACCACAAACACUCCCGCAAAGCUGAACCCCGUCACUCCAAAGAACAAGUCCGCCGCCCCGGUUUCCAAAUCUGCCAGCUCCACCUCAAAGAAAGGCUCAGAGACACCUGAUAACGAUGUUCGCGAUGAUGUUUCGGUUACGGAGUCCGCAAGUCGCGUCCGUCGCACGGAAACCGAACGUCUCCAAUAUUUCCAGAGUCAGCCACAGUGUAAGGAGGUCGAGCCCCAUAGAGCUCUGUGUGCGGGAUGCGAUGAAUGGAUCGCGCUGAAUCCCCAUCAGUCAUAUUCGAUGAGGCCGUGGAUGUUGCACGUGAAGGAUUGCAAGAAGAAGAACGGCACGACUCCUGCCAAACCGGUCAGCAGAGCAAUGAGCGUCAAAUCGCGUGGCGACGAGGACGAUGAAGGUGGCGAGGAGGAGUCGUCUUCCGUCAUACAGUCUGGCAAGAGCCCUCGAAGGAAUGAGUCGGAGCGUCUGGCGUAUCUUCACGCUGAUCCUCAGGCCGCGGAGAUCCAGCCUUACGAGAUUCUAUGCAAAACAUGUCAGAAAUGGAUCAAGCUCAACAACAAAUUGAAAUAUUCCCUCAAUAACUGGCAGUCGCAUCAGAAGCGGUGCAGUGGGGCUCUGCCAAGUGGCCGCGUGGCGAGCGCUGACCGCAGGGUGCAACUUGUGAAUGACCCGCUCGCUAGAGAGGUUACUGCAACCAGCGUCGAAUGUGUGCAGUGCGGCACGACUGUGGCCUUAGAAGGACCAGGUGAAUACAACCUGACCAAGUGGGAGCAGCACAAGUCGACGUGUCAGAUCCCCAAUCCAUUCGCACCGACUUCACCAGCCUCUGUACCCCUCCCAGAAUCCCCAGCUCCUACUCCUAAUCGAGGCCCAUCCCCAUCUUUGACCAAGAGCGUCAAUGGCAAGCAUGGGCCCACACCUUCUGUCGCUUCCACAGACGCAACCGCUGUCGCAUCUGAGGCGGUUUCUCGUCAAGGCACUAAACGUAGGAGGGACGACGACGACGACGAUGAAGAGGAGAGACCUAAGGCGCGCCCCCGCACGGACCCGAAUGCCCCCUCUGGAGCAUUGGGAUGGCUUCUCCUUCCGUUCAAGACCUUCGUCAACGGCUUCAAGGAAGGCCUGUCGUCCAAACCCGCGCCUGCUCCUUCUGCGGAUAAUUCUGCUCCAGAGGCUUCGUCUUCCGCACCGACUGAGUGAAGGCACACUCCCUUGAUCCUAUAUUCGUGACUAGACCGCACAUUCUCGUUCGUCUGAUUCACUCGUUUUAUUUCUCAUCCUAUGCCGCCCGUGAUACCUCCUACUCACGUCCUUUUUCCUUGGAUAUGUCUAUCUAUGUACCACUGUUUCUGUUUACCCGUCACGUCUUCUUUGUGUUUGUCGAAUGGAGGAAACAUAUUACGC